AUGAUCGAUAUCGAUCAAUAUUCCGCUAAGGACGAUGGGGACAUAAUGAAACUUGUUCCACAAACUUGCAGCAACGUAACCAAAUGGAGAAGUGGAAAGAAAGACAAUUUCCACACCACAACAACGACUUUCAUCAUGAACUUCUUCAUGUACAAAGAAUAUCGGGUUAGGGAGGUUCGCAAUAUUUGCCAUGCAGGACCGUGCUCAUAUUUAUAUCCACCGUUUCUUUCAAUCUAUGGAAACGAUAGGAUUUUGGUCGAGGAGACGAUGAAAUCCGUAAUGGAGGCGGCGUGUUCAUUCGAAACCGAUCGAAUUACGGUAGUUGAUAAGUCUGGAGAAGUGAGUACGGUGGAGGAUUUCAAUUUAUCAACGGAUUAUACGGAGGAGUCGGAUAGCGAAUAUUCCGAUAGUGGUCUGGCUCUGGAAGUGGGUGAUAUGGCGCGCGCGCAUUGGAUACAACUACACAAACUCAACAAACAGGCUUCCGUGAUACAAAGUACUUUUAUUCACAUGCUUGAAAGCUAUAAACAUAUUCGUCCCAUAUGGCAAUUCGGGAAAAGAAUUGACGACACAAAUUCGGACUGGAAACUCAAAUUAUAUGACGAUUUUUAUUUCAGGCACCAUUGCGCUUCUGUACAAUCAGCAAUCACAACGAUCAUGGAAAAUAUGGAUGACAGGGAAUGUUUACGGAAAUUGGUCAACGAAAUCGGCGCACAUCAUUAUUUUUACGAUGCGUGUGAACAGCAUUUGGAUCUUUUCGUAGAUGCUAUGAUCACAACAAUGAAGAAGACUCUUGGUGGUCCGAUCAAAAUGGACACAGGUUCAGAACAAUCGUGGCAGUUGUUACUCAACGAUGUGAAAAAUUUUAUGGGUGAAGGAAUUGCGAUACAGCGGAACAUCUAUUUACGGCAAUGUAUGACCUCAUCGGAAAUUCUCGACAUACGAUCAAAAUGGGAGAGAAUAGUCGAAUACGGUUUGCAAGAUGCUGGUAAAAUUAUGUGCACUAAGGCUAUUCAGUCCUACGGUAGACUUCUCGAAUCUCAUAAUAUGAGACCUGUAAUUCCUUUCCGAGUUACCACCGACAUAUUGAGUCGUUUUGCCGAACAAACAAUGAAGGCUUUUGACGUCACGCUAAAAGAGUUCUCGGAAACAACAGGAUUUUGCGAAUUGCCCGAAAAAGUGAAGGAUUUUGUUGUGAAGUACAUGGUGCUGGAAAUGUGUCCGACAUUUGCACGAAAAGCGAUGAUGGAAGGAAUGUUUACGAUGCUUUCGAGAGUGAUUGGAGAUCAGGAUCUUAACGAGAGUGUUCUAAGAAUAUGGAGUAAAUUAUAUCGGGUACUAGAGCAGGCCAUCAUCGUCAACAUAGUUGAACAUAGGAAUGCCGAAUGA